CGGGCGCGAACAUUGAAGUUAUGUGGUUGUGAUGUGCGCGCAUAUAGUUCUGACGAAGCUAAAACUGAUAAUGAAUGUGAGAUAGUGCUUUUUCUGCUGUCUUCCGUGCUUCUUACUGGACUGGAGUGCUUGAACCGGGAGCAUUAUACUCCAUUGUCAAACAUUGCUCUACGUGCGGUCUACGCAGAUCCAAUUCGGAAAUACCGGGAGAUACGUACUGUGAAAUGGAUCGCACCCAGAAGCCAAUAUUUGAUGCGUUCCAAUAUUUACUGGAAUUUCCCACAGGGCGUAAUGCAAAGCGUAUAGUGCUUCCACUGGAGUUGGAGCUGACAUACCAUGAACGACAGAGCAUUACACAGAAGAUAAAUGAAUUAGGUGGAGAAGUUAUUAGUGAAGAACAUAUGUGCUCAGCAACUCACAUUGUUGGCUCUGGUCUGUACAGUUAUUCACCUACAUUACUUGAAGCACUUGUAAGAGGUCUGUGGAUAGUGAAUAUUUUCUAUAUAACAGAUAGUUAUGAACAGCUUAAGUGGCUAGAUGAGCUUCAGUAUGAGGUGAAGCUGGAGACAGAUUUCAUGGGCUGUGCAGCACGCAGGAAUAGGGAGUUGGCGCUUGUUAGAAGAAGUCCAAACCUUUCCUCAUGGAAGAUUGGUCUCCUUACUGACCAUUGUGAUCCUGUCAGCAAAAGUGUUUUUGCUAGAUUGCUGGAGGCUGGUGGAGCAAAAUACUUCCAUAUAUCCAGAAGGACAGAUAUUUUCACCCUGGUAUAUGAAGUAGAUUGGGUUCUUGUAUGCGGACGUAGUGUAAACUGUGAAGAGAUGGUCAACCGUCUUUCACAGCAAGGGAUUCUUUGCAUACGCCUUGGUUUUCUCAUAGACACAUUAUUGAUGCGUUGUCCAGAACCUAUGACAAGAUACAUCUUGCACACAGAUGACAUUAGUUGUCAGCAACAAGACAUAGAAUUCAAUCUUGUUAUGUAUGGUUAUUCGAAGAAGAGGAAAAAUACCUUGCUGGAUCAGGAUAAUUCAAACAGAAAGAGGGAGAAACUCGCAGACAAAAGGAGGUGCAGAAUUUAUAAUCCAGCUUUUUGUGAAAACCAAGAUGAUUUUCUGGAACUUGAUGACGAAAGUGCAAUUUUUAAUAGUACUUAUAACUGCAAUAGUCAUCUACAAACUGACAGUUCACACAGUUUUUUGGAGGAUGAAAGGGAUGUACUACAAUCUGUUACAGCAUAUCCAGAAUGUGGAUAUAUGGAGGAAUACAACCAGAAUAGAGUGGAAUCUCAUGAAAAUUUAAGGACAUAUUUAUUUAACAACUGCUCUGCAUCAGUAAAAAGAAAAAUGUCAGGUUCACUUCCACAGGAACUGAGUGAUAUGGAGCACUGUGAAUUAAAUAUGGAAGAAACUUCACAACUUGAGGAACUUGAUGAUGUAGAUUUUUCACCUGUAGAAGACAGCCCUGAUGAAAUGGAAAUUUUGGAAAAUUGUAUUUAUGACAAAUCUGCUGUUAACUUGGAUGAAGUGCAUGAUCGACAGUCUUCAGCCAAGCCCUCUAGAUGUAGUGAUGCAAAUGUUGUAGACACUGAUGAAUUUGCUUCCCAGGAUGUAAUGUUACAGACAGAUGCAUCAGAAGUGGAGGUUACUGACUGUGCAGAUCUGUAUGAAAUCAAGGAAAGGAAAAAAAGCUGUGUACCUACACAAGAAGAAAACACAGCGUUAUAUUCUAAAGGAAUAAUUGACAGGAGCAGCUUUUCUAACGAAUCAUAUGGUAUACAUUUUCAUCCUGAUACCAUUAAGAGACAUAAUCCUUCCAUGGAUGAAGAAAGUGGAUUUCAUUCUCUUGCGGAGGAAGAAAAAGUCGAUGAUGUGCUAGCAAAGGAGCAUAGUGUUAAUCUCCAAUUUGUAGAUGGCAAAUGUGGGGAAGUUCAGAAAGAAAUUUGCUGUGAAGUCUCAGAUCUUGCCAGUGAUGUUUCACAGCUCCUUGUGGGUGGAAGUAAUUGUGCGUCUACACUUUCAGAAAAUUGUUGCAGUGGUAAUAAUCCAUCAAAAGAAAGUCAGUGCACUGAGAUAAAUUCCUCCCAAAUGGAUUACGUUAAUGACAAGUAUUGUUUUUCUGAUUGUGUCAAAAGCGAAACCGAAGUGAGGUGUGGGAAUGAAAUGUGUGGUUUUCAGUGUGUAAAACUGAAAGUUAAGAAAAAUUCUGCCCCUCAUUGGAAUCGACCAAGAAAAUUAUACAAAAUGACCCUGCAGGAAAUUCGAAAAUUGGUGAAGGCUCACAUUGAAGCAGAUCUUGAUGAACCAUGGUUCUCAGUUGGUGUUCCUGGCCCACCAAAAUGUUGUGAAGGAGUUCCAGCUCGUGUGCAGAUGUUCAGUGUUCCUGCUUCUAAUAUCCUCAAAUCAAUGCUCAACAGGGGUUUGUGGUUUGGAGCAUUUAAUUUUUUUGACAUGGCAGUUGAUAUUGGAAUGCUACCAGAUGCUCAUACAAUUCAGAUGAUCUUUGAUCUCAUACUGGAUGCACAUGAUGAUGACGUGUUGACUCGUACUCGCUGCUCCAUUGACAGAUUAUUUAGGAAAUAUCCUCCGUGUUCUCUCCACUUCAAUGUGUACUAUAAAAAGGUUUUAGCCAGUAAACCAGAGGAUGAUGUGCUACAUCCUGGUGGUAUGGUGGCUACUUUAUUAGAUCUGCUUGAAGAUGAACUGAGUGACACACCAGAAAAGGAGCAAAUUUUCGCUCCAAACUCAAAAUCAAAGAAACAAAAAUAUGUGGACCUACCAAAAUCUAAACGCUUUCAACGCAUUUUUAUGCUUCUGGACUGUAUCAUUGACGUGUUAGCGAGUGACCUCGGACGAUGGAUGCAGCAGCACUAUCUUUCGGUGGACAGAGCUUUAUGGCCAGAACGACCUUUAGCUGAGUCAGCACUGAGACAAUGGGGUACUGGUAUUCCAACAAAGAGCGACAUAAAGUUGUUAUUUCGUGUCUGCCUGCAGUUGGGGGAUCCAGGCAAGUUGUCUUACUGCAAGAGUGAUAGCCUUCUAAAACUGAUGCAUAUAGCCGCUGAAGUAUUUCGAAUCAGUGAAGAUAAUCCAAAAAUGCAAUAUCCACAUUUUGGGGCUGAGUGUGAGUUCUUUGCUGACCAGUUGUUUCUGCAAAUGGAGGAGUAUGGCUUAGAUUCAGAAACUGUUUCCAAGUUCCUUGAUUCUGUCACUCCGCCGUGGGUGGCCAUGUUGGUUGGCAAGAAACUUAUUGAAAAGCAACUUGGUGAAUCACUAAGGCACCCUCUCCUCAGCAUUGCAGCUGUGUUAAAAGAAAGGUUGAAGCAUAUGAAAGAAAGGAAUGAUGACAAAGUAAACAAACAAAGCCAGAAAAUAGUGAAAGAGAACUUGCCGAGGAAACAAGACUUUACAAAAGAUGCUUCUGCAGGUGAAAGCCGUCUGCAUACUGCUUGUGCCAGAGGGAAUGUGAAUGAAGUUCAUCAUAUUCUGUCCACUUCUUGUGUCGAUGUUAAUGAAUAUGACUCCUCUGGGAAUACAGCAUUAUCUAUAGCUGUACAGCACGGGCAUAAAAACUGUGUUUCUGUGUUGCUGAAGUUCAAACCUUUAAAUGGUAGCCAGCGUGUUAAUGCGUCAAUCCCUGGAGACUGUGGUGACCCACCAAUACUGGCAGCAGCCAGCAGUGGAAGAACUGACAUAUGUGAUAUGUUGUUGGAGCAUUCAGGUCCAAUACUUUUGGAAUGUGUGACACAUCAUCAAUUGAAAACAGUAUUGAAAGCUGUACCUGAAGAUAUACGCAUCAUUCUACAGGAUCCUUGGAAGUUCUAUGGCCAUGUGGUACCUCCUAUGUGUAGGCCACUAUCUCCUGAACUGUGGUCUGUUCUGUCACCUAUUCUGCCAGUUGUAACUAAAAGCUAUCUUCACGCAUACAACUUCAUAGCAAUUUUUUGUGAUCAUAAUGUGCAGAGAAAAGUGCGGAGAAACAGUGGUACGCCAACUCCAAGAACUAUAGGGCAAAAUGUCGCACAUGGCUAUCGCAUGAUGAGUUACCAGUUCAAUAGUCUGUUAAGGAUCCUGAAGAGGAUAGAGAAGUGUAAAGAUGUUAAUUUUAAUGUGGAUGCAUAUGAAAGUAUUACUAUUAUGAAUGCAAAAUUGCAGGGAUGAAGAUGUAGUGUGACAGUUGUCUGUCUAUGAUAGAGGCUGAAAGCUGACAUACUCCUCUCAGCAUUUUAAUUGUAAAUAUAUUUUAAAUGUGAUGAUUAUGAUGUAUACUCAACAUAAAUUUCAGACAGAUGUGAAUUUCUGUUAUGUGUGAUUCUCUUUCUGUAUUUGUUACACCUGCAUGUCUCAAUUUAAUAUCAGUUUAUAGAUGUUAAAACCAGGGAAAUGAUGAUGCAUAUUUUAUUUCACUGUUACAUUUUUGAGUCACAAAAGACAGAAUAUUUCACAUCUGCUUAAUUGUCUCUUUUGCAAGUGUGUUUUGGUAAACAGUAAAUAGCUGACCUCCAAUUCAUGGUCUGAAAAUCAUUGUGGAGAAGUCAGUGGAAACAAAUAUGGCUUGGGAUAUAGAGGUAAUAUAUUUGUGGAAUGAUAUACUAUCUUUCGUUUGAACAUCUGGAAAUGUUGUUCAGUUUCCACAAAGGGAUAAGUAAUUUAUUAUCCAGACCACUUUCAGAAGAUGCAAAUUUCCUUAGAAAAUGUCACUCUUCAAAUGUUUCUUAACUGAAUUCAUACAGUUUUGUCUUAGUGAUAUGUGACUGUUUAAACAGCAGCUUUUCUAAAUGUGUAGUACUGAAUUUAAAUUGUGACAACUGAUAAUGGAUUCUUAGAAUUAAGGGACAGUAUUGAAUUUGAAGCUGAUACAACAGUCCUCCUAAACUGAGAAGUCUCGUCUGUACAGGAUUUGAAGUGUUUUAAACGUUUUAUAUGUGUGUAAUAUGUGGAGAAGGAUAAUUACAGACAUUUUAGAAAAGAAAAGUGCCAUAGCUAACAGUAUUAAAAUAA